AUGAUUGCGCACCUGAUGGGCGUGGCGGCAUGCGAGGGAGGAAGCGUGGGGGAUGAGAUGAGGGAGGAAGCAUGGGGGAUGAAAGGGUUGGAGGGGGGAGGGAAUGUUGGAGGGAUGGCAAUGUAUGUUGGCGCAGCACGGGACAGCAUGGCACAGCAUGGUUCAGCAUGGCACAGCAUGGUUCAGCAUGGCACAGCAUGGUUCAGCAUGGCACAGCAUGGUUCAGCAUGGCACGGCAUGGCACAGCAUGGUUCAGCAUGGCACGGCAUGGCACAGCAUGGCACGGCAUGGCACAGCAUGGCACAGCAUGGCACGGCAUGGCACAGAAUGGUUCAGCAUGGCACAGCAUGGUUCAGCAUGGCACGGCAUGGUUCAGCAUGGCACGGCAUGGUUCAGCAUGGCACGGCAUGGUUCAGCAUGGCACGGCAUGGUUCAGCAUGGCACGGCAUGGUUCAGCAUGGCACGGCAUGGUUCAGCAUGGCACGGCAUGGUUCAGCAUGGCACGGCAUGGUUCAGCAUGGUUCAGCAUGGUUCAGCAUGGUUCAGCAUGGCACGGCAUGGCACAGCAUGGCACGGCAUGGCACAGCAUGGUUCAGCAUGGCACGGCAUGGCACAGCAUGGCACGGCAUGGCACAGCAUGGCACGGCAUGGCACAGCAUGGCACAGCAUGGCACAGCAUGGCACAGAAUGGUUCAGCAUGGCACAGCAUGGUUCAGCAUGGCACGGCAUGGUUCAGCAUGGCACGGCAUGGUUCAGCAUGGCACGGCAUGGUUCAGCAUGGCACGGCAUGGUUCAGCAUGGCACGGCAUGGUUCAGCAUGGCACGGCAUGGUUCAGCAUGGCACGGCAUGGUUCAGCAUGGUUCAGCAUGGUUCAGCAUGGUUCAGCAUGGCACGGCAUGGCACAGCAUGGCACGGCAUGGCACAGCAUGGUUCAGCAUGGCACGGCAUGGCACAGCAUGGCACGGCAUGGCACAGCAUGGGACAGCAUGGCACGGCAUGGCACAGAAUGGUUCAGCAUGGCACAGCAUGGCACAGAAUGGUUCAGCAUGGCACAGCAUGGUUCAGCAUGGCACGGCAUGGUUCAGCAUGGCACGGCAUGGUUCAGCAUGGCAUGGCAUGGUUCAGCAUGGUUCAGCAUGGUUCAGCAUGGCACAGCAUCUCAAGACGAAUCUUCUUAUUGCUGGCUGGAGGUAGUCUCACCCGGCGCAGGUAGCCACGAGAGCCGUGCAUCCAACAUGCAGGCAGCGCACCCAACAUGCAGGCAGCGCACCCAACAUGCAGGCAGCGCACCCAACAUGCAGGCAGCGCACCCAACAUGCAGGCAGCGCACCCAACAUGCAGGCAGCGCACCCAACAUGCAGGCAGCGCACCCAACAUGCAGGCAGCGCACCCAACAAGCAGGCAGCGCACCCAACAUGCAGGCAGCGCACCCAACAAGCAGGCAGCGCACCCAACAUGCAGGCAGCGCACCCAACAUGCAGGCAGCGCACCCAACAUGCAGGCAGCGCACCCAACAUGCAGGCAGCGCACCCAACAUGCAGGCAGCGCACCCAACAUGCAGGCAGCGCACCCAACAUGCAGGCAGCGCACCCAACAUGCAGGCAGCGCACCCAACAUGCAGGCAGCGCACCCAACAUGCAGGCAGCGCACCCAACAUGCAGGCAGCGCACCCAACAUGCAGGCAGCGCACCCAACAUGCAGGCAGCGCACCCAACAUGCAGGCAGCGCACCCAACAUGCAGGCAGCGCACCCAACAUGCAGGCAGCGCACCCAACAUGCAGGCAGCGCACCCAACAUGCAGGCAGCGCACCCAACAUGCAGGCAGCGCACCCAACAUGCAGGCAGCGCACCCAGCAUGCAGGCAGCGCACCCAACAUGCAGGCAGCGCACCCAACAUGCAGGCAGCGCAUCCAACAUGCAGGCAGCGCACCCAACAUGCAGGCAGCGCACCCAACAUGCAGGCAGCGCACCCAACAUGCAGGCAGCGCACCCAACAUGCAGGCAGCGCAUCCAACAUGCAGGCAGCGCACCCAACAUGCAGGCAGCGCACCCAACAUGCAGGCAGCGCAUCCAACAUGCAGGCAGCGCACCCAACAUGCAGGCAGCGCACCCAACAUGCAGGCAGCGCACCCAACAUGCAGGCAGCGCACCCAACAUGCAGGCAGCGCACCCAACAUGCAGGCAGCGCACCCAACAUGCAGGCAGCGCACCCAACAUGCAGGCAGCGCACCCAACAUGCAGGCAGCGCACCCAACAUGCAGGCAGCGCACCCAACAUGCAGGCAGCGCACCCAACAUGCAGGCAGCGCACCCAACAUGCAGGCAGCGCACCCAACAUGCAGGCAGCGCACCCAACAUGCAGGCAGCGCACCCAACAUGCAGGCAGCGCACCCAACAUGCAGGCAGCGCACCCAACAUGCAGGCAGCGCACCCAACAUGCAGGCAGCGCACCCAACAUGCAGGCAGCGCACCCAACAUGCAGGCAGCGCACCCAACAUGCAGGCAGCGCAUCCAACAUGCAGGCAGCGCACCCAACAUGCAGGCAGCGCACCCAACAUGCAGGCAGCGCACCCAACAUGCAGGCAGCGCACCCAACAUGCAGGCAGCGCAUCCAACAUGCAGGCAGCGCACCCAACAUGCAGGCAGCGCACCCAACAUGCAGGCAGCGCACCCAACAUGCAGGCAGCGCACCCAACAUGCAGGCAGCGCAUCCAACAUGCAGGCAGCGCACCCAACAUGCAGGCAGCGCACCCAACAUGCAGGCAGCGCAUCCAACAUGCAGGCAGCGCACCCAACAUGCAGGCAGCGCAUCCAACAUGCAGGCGGCGCACCCAACAUGCAGGCAGCGCAUCCAACAUGCAGGCAGCGCACCCAACAUGCAGGCAGCGCACCCAACAUGCAGGCAGCGCAUCCAACAUGCAGGCAGCGCACCCAACAUGCAGGCAGCGCACCCAACAUGCAGGCAGCGCACCCAACAUGCAGGCAGCGCACCCAACAUGCAGGCAGCGCACCCAACAUGCAGGCAGCGCACUCAACAUGCAGGCAGCGCAUCCAACAUGCAGGCAGCGCACCCAACAUGCAGGCAGCGCAUCCAACAUGCAGGCAGCGCACCCAACAUGCAGGCAGCGCACCCUGACCAUGUGA